ACAAAGAAAAGAGUUUCUCUCUCUUCGAAUCCACGCCCCUGUCUGUUGCUCUCUCUCGCACCGGUCCCAACAUCCAUCGCCACGCCCCGUUGCCAUCUCCCUUCGCUCGCAACCAGCAUUCAGCUCUUUCUUCCUCAGAUCUACACUCUCCAUUUCCAUCACUCUCAGGUGUCAAUUUGCUGGUUUACAAUCCAUUUUGUUUCGAUCUCUGCCCGGUGCCCUUCGUUGAAUCUCGCGGGAGUCUUUCUGGAGGUUUUUCUUAUGCAUUUCCCUGUUGAUUUUGAUAUGAUAGAGUUAAAUGGAUGGACCAACUGGUCGUGGCGGCGGCAUGGAUAUGAAUUUACCGAACUAUAAGCUUGGGAAAACCCUUGGCAUUGGUUCAUUUGGGAAAGUGAAAAUUGCAGAGCAUGCUUUAACUGGUCAUAAAGUUGCUAUUAAGAUACUUAACCGCCGGAAGAUAAAAAACUUGGACAUGGAAGAAAAAGUAAGGAGAGAGAUUAAAAUAUUGAGAUUGUUCAUGCAUCCUCACAUUAUACGGCUCUAUGAAGUUAUAGAGACCCCGACAGACAUUUAUGUUGUGAUGGAGUACGUAAAAUCUGGAGAGCUCUUUGAUUAUAUUGUAGAAAAGGGAAGGUUGCAGGAAGAUGAAGCCCGUAUUUUUUUCCAACAGAUAAUUUCUGGUGUGGAGUACUGCCACAGGAAUAUGGUGGUGCACAGAGAUCUUAAGCCUGAGAAUUUGCUUUUGGACUCCAAAUGUAAUGUGAAGAUUGCUGAUUUUGGUUUGAGCAAUAUAAUGCGUGAUGGUCACUUUCUGAAGACAAGUUGUGGGAGUCCCAAUUAUGCUGCUCCAGAGGUAAUCUCCGGGAAAUUAUAUGCUGGACCUGAAGUAGAUGUAUGGAGUUGUGGUGUUAUUUUGUAUGCGCUUCUAUGUGGCACUCUUCCUUUUGACGAUGAAAACAUUCCCAACCUGUUUAAGAAAAUAAAGGGUGGGAUCUAUACUCUUCCAAGUCAUUUAUCGUCAGGUGCUAGAGAACUGAUUCCUAGUAUGCUGGUCGUUGACCCAAUGAAGCGCAUCACCAUCCCUGAGAUCCGACAGCACCCGUGGUUUCAGGCUCAUCUUCCACGCUAUUUAGCUGUGCCUCCACCCGAUACAAUGCAACAAGCCAAAAAGAUUGAUGAAGACAUUCUUCAGGAGGUUGUAAAGAUGGGAUUUGACAGGAAUCAGCUGGUGGAGUCUCUUCGUAACCGAAUUCAAAAUGAGGCUACAGUUGCUUAUUAUUUGUUGCUGGACAACCGCUUCCGUGUUUCUAGUGGUUAUCUUGGAGCUGAGUUUCAGGAGACUAUGGAAACAGGAUUCAACCGUAUGCACCCUGGUGAACCUACAAGUCCUGUUGUAGGACACCGUCAUCCUGGAUAUAUGGAUUACCAAGGAAUGGGAUUAAGAUCACAGUUUCCUGUUGAGAGAAAGUGGGCUCUGGGAUUACAGUCUCGCGCUCAUCCACGUGAAAUUAUGACCGAGGUUCUUAAAGCUCUACGUGAGCUCAAUGUGGCUUGGAAGAAGAUUGGGCACUACAAUAUGAAAUGUAGGUGGUUACCUGGAAUUCCAGGCCAUCAUGAAGGCAUGAUCAACAGCCCUGUGCAUAGUAAUCAUUACUUCGGGGACGAAUCUACCAUCAUUGAAAACGAUGGCGUCGUUAAAUUGCCUAAUGUUAUCAAGUUUGAAGUUCAGCUCUACAAAACGCGGGAAGAGAAGUAUUUGCUUGAUCUACAGAGGGUUCAAGGCCCCCAGUUCCUUUUCCUGGAUCUUUGUGCUGCGUUCCUUGCACAGCUCCGAGUGCUCUAAAAACACAUAAUUUUAACUCAUGGGACGGUGAGCUUGUGAACCAAGAUUUCACAUGCAUAACUUAUCUAUCAUCUUACAGAAUCUUAGUUCUUACCCUCCCAGUUUAGAUGGAUAGUAGCUCAGUCUUGUGUAAAUCUGAUUUUCGGUAGUAGAAGUUGUCAGAUCUGGGCGUCCAAUAUUGAUUGGUGAUGCCCGUUACCUUCCCCUUCUUCAUUCCAAGAAAAAAAAAAAGAAAAAUCUAUUUAACUUCUUGUGUACUGCUGUAAUUUAAAGACAUUCUCUUGUUUCAUAUCUCUUUCACUGCAGUUGCUCUCAGCUGUCGGUGUUCUCUUCGUCGAGGUUCCCGAAAUCCUUUCGUCUUUGGUACGUCUCACCAAAACUCUUUAACUGGGUAGUUCUCUCCAUCUUGUGACUGUUGAAAUGACAAAAAUCCUCUGUUGAAUUUUGAGGAAAGACCCAUGCAUUGAUUGCAUUUAGAACGAUUGUCUGAGUAAGAUGCAAUAACAUAUCACAUAUCGUAUUUCGGGUA